AUGGAAUCCCCUCCCACCAAAACGGAGGAAGGGCGACCUGCUUUGUCGUCUGAUGGUGCCAUCAGUAACAAGGACAAGGACAACAAGAAAGAUCAGAAGAAACGUUUCAAGAAACUGCGCAAAAGAGCCGAGCGGUUCUGCCUGACAAGCGAUGUGAGUGGAAUCGUGCAGUCCCAUGAAUGGGAGGAAGUCAAGCAGCAACACCUCGAAGAAGAAGAAUCAAAGAGUGAUGACUCGCUAGUCUUUGCUCCAUGGAUUGGCAUUCGGCAAUCGAGAAAACAUUUGCAGGAAAAGGACAAGGUCCGUGAUGGAGUCGACCAUCGGCUUGCGUUAAAGUACUUGGUAUCUCGACAAUCUACUACUAAUACUACUACUGGUACAAGUACAAGUAAGAACGGCAACAAUCCCGCCAAGCGAACCAGGGACGAAUCCAACAGCAACGGCAUCAAUGCAACUGUUCCAGCUUGGAUGACGAUGCACAAUCCCGCUUGUGCCGACCACAUUGCUGUUCUAGAAAUUCAUCUACAAAACAACACCGUAGCAUCAUUCGUCAGUGCUGAUGUAGAAGCAAUCAUGAAGAAACUGGCCAUUGGAACUUCACUCACAGAGGCAGCACAACCGAUUCCAACUCGGUGGUUUGAAGGCCCUCGCUUGCAAUCCAUUUCCGAGGUGCUGUUGUAUGAAAAGCCACAGCAGCAAAACUCCAAAAAGAAGAGCAAAAAACAAAAUGGCAACACAACAAUGUCAACAGUGGAGUUGCUAGAGUCGUUACAGAGUUUGACACUCACAGAAGAACAGCUCCAAAACGAGGGGUAUCCAUUGCCAGAAUCAUUAUCCACCAGCGAUGAAACGAGCAAAUCGGAGCAGGUUGCUUCAUCGACACAGGACACCGUCCCGCCAAAAGAAUUUCCAAACCCAACGUCAUUUUCCCUGGAGGAAGCAAACGCGAUUGUCACUCCAUGCCACGUGAACGUUCCCAAUCGCAAGGUUCCCUUUGUAAUGACCAAAAAGUUGGCAUCCACCGAUAGCGGUAGCUGUCCACGAGUUUUCGGGUUGGAUUGUGAAAUGGUCAAGACAAAGAUUGGUACAGAAUUGGCUCGUGUGACCUUGAUUGAAUACACAACAACAACAGCAGUAUCACCACCACCAACCGAUGAAGCAACGAACGAAUUCAAAGACAACUAUCAAGUGUUACUUGACGAACUGGUGUUGCCAUAUUCCCCCAUUUUUGACUACGUCACAGAGUAUUCGGGCAUUUCAGCGAAAAUGAUGCAGAACGUGACAACUCGCCUGGAACAAAUUCAGGCAAGUCUUUUGAGCUACAUUUCUCCUCGAGACAUUUUAGUUGGACAUUCACUGGAAAACGAUCUUGUGGCUACACGGUGGAUCCAUUGCACGGUCAUUGAUACAGCCAUUCUGUUUCGAACCAAAGCUUCGUUCAAACAUUCACUGAAACAUCUCAGUAUCAAUCUACUCAAAAAGAAGAUCCAACAGGACUUUGGCAACGGUCAUUGCAGUGAAGAAGAUGCUGCUGCCACUUUGGAACUAGCAAUUCGGCGUGCUAAAGAAGGACCCAGCUUUGCACUCCAGUCCAAAGAAAAGAUUUGGUGGAUUCCCACCAGAAAGCACAAUGAAAAUGCCACUGUGUGCAUUUGCCCGUCUCAAUGGCUUCAGGAGCAUGUGGUCAAUCAUCCCAAUGCCAUACAUGCGUUGACGUGUGAUGACAUGGACUCGCCCAACCUGAAAGCUGUGAUUUCUUGGCUUACGGGACCCAGGCGUCGUGCGGGCUUGCUUUGGGCCAACUUGAGUGUUUCCAAAGCAUCACAUGUAAAGAUUCUGGAGAAUAUGAUGCUGGACCUCAAAGCAAAGAUGUCCGCGAACACAGUCUUGAUGGUGAAUGUCCAAAGCGGCCACGAACCCACAUUGGAAACGUCAAAGCGGCGGCGUCUUUGCCAAAGCCCCCGAACAGCUUCCGUUUGGUCGGAUGGGGACGAAGAAGCAUUCAAAGCUUCUGUGGAUGGCUGCCGGACAGGGCAGGUGUGGUGGGUGACAAAGCAUCCGCCGAUGGAGCUAGAUUCCAAAACUAACUAG